AUGAGUGAAGAUCGGGUAUAUACAGGUACGGCUGAUGAGAGGUCCGACAUUAAGGCCACAUCAUUUCCAACUAAGGAAGGCCGAGUUGAUAUGGUUAACAUAACCGAAGCCGUUGAAUGCAGUAGGAUACAGCAGAGCUCGGUGAUGCAGAAAAGAUUACCAUCAGAGAUAGAAACAGCAGACGAUUUGAGGGAUACUAAUAGUUAUACGGAAGGCAGAAACGUUUCAUGGAUAAGAAAGCAGAGGAAAAAAAGGAAAACUUAUAGCUGUGGAGUUUGUAGAAAGUUUAAGACAAGAUGUGACUUUGAAGCCAUUGUUGGUAAAUGUCAUAGAUGUAAUGUGUUAAAUUUAGAAUGUUCAUUGACAAAAGAGCGGGAGGAUGACAUUUUAACUGCGAUUGAAUUAGCUUCUGGGUCUCAAAGAGGGGGUCGUCCCACUGUUUCGAAAGAAGAUCGAAGUAAAAUAUUAACUGAACCUCUUACAAAGAAUCCAGUAACACCUAUAUUAAAUAAGAGGCUGAAUACUUUAGAAUCCAAUAUUGGGAAGCUGAGUGAGAAGCUAGAUUUUAUUUUGGGUUUGUUAAAGGGUUCUUGCCCUACAGUAUCCAGUGGUAAUGCUUCUACCACGGUGACGCUUUUUCCAGAUAAAGUAGGUUAUUCCAGUGUUGAGGAGAGAAAGGAUGGUGAUGACGGUGAUAUUAGUGAUAAUACCAAUUAUGCUAAACACAAUUAUGAUGAUGAAUAUAGUAAAGUCGGUUAUAACAAGUUGUUGAAUGACUUUCAGAAUAAAGACAGUCCAACUAAACGUGUUAAUGAUCCAUCCCCUUCAUGUUCAAAUAUUUUUAGUAAAGGAUUCUUGGAUGGAUUUAAGUUAAAAGAGCCACCAUUUAAAUUACUUAGUGACCUUGAUACAACGCUCUUUCCAACGAAAGCCCUUUCAGAUGAGGAAAAGCUGGCUAAAAAACAGAGACCAUUUCUAAUAGCUCGUACGAACUUCAUGAAUUAUUUUAAUGAACAUGAACAGCUAUGUUUGCGCUUAUCCAGAGAAUUUUUAGUGAAGUCACACUUUUGGAUAAUACCUGGAGGAAUUAAGGAAAUAGAUAGAACAUAUGUUGAACAGCAUGUGUUUAUUACAGGUGUAUUUACGAUUGUUGCAAUGGGAUUUGCUGAAAAUGACAAAUAUGAAAAGGAACAAGGGAUGCUUUAUCCAAUCGUUGAAAGCUUGCUAACUAGCACAUUAACAUUGGCUGACAAGUUAACUGAUCAUGAUAUAGAGGCUAUCCUUUAUUGUUGUAUGUUCAAUAUAUCCAGAAAGUCGAAGCGGCAUAGACAAUUAAAAUUCAACUCGCUCAUCCUCUGUAAUUUUGCAAUAGAUGCUUUGUUAACAAAUAUAGACUUUUACAAGAUUAAGGACCGUGUUCUCAAUAAAGAGGAAUACAAUGCCACUGAUUUAUACCAUCUCCGAAUUUUAAACUCCUUAACAGCAUGCAAAUUGCAAUACUCUAUCGGUUAUGGAGCUUUUAGGUUGCAAAAUGAAACGACCAAAGAAUUUAAUAAUUUGAUAGCCAAAUUUCCUCAAGCUAAUUUCGGCGAUGAUAUAAAAGUUAGUGUGAUUAACUUGGCUGAAACUUUAGGUGCGAUAUUUCUUAACUUCAAGGAAUAUUUUAAAACAUUCUCUAAAGAAUUUAAAAAAAGCAAUAGCUUAAACAGCAAGUCUUAUACAAACAUUUCGAAUGAAACCCCAAAAUUGGUUUUCGCAGAACUAGAGUAUUGGUUGGUUGAUUGGGAUGAGCUGCUCUCCAAGGAUGGAGCAGGAAUUUUGCUGUUUUCUUAUCAUUUUUACUAUAUUAUGAUAUGCCGGGCUUUUUUGAUCGAGUUUUACGAAAACUUUAGAAAUGACAUGCCAUACUACAAGUGUAUAUUGAGCACUAUGAAGCAUUCUUGCUUUUCAUUGUUGAAUGGGUUCUUAAAGCUUCCGCCCGCACUCAUUAAGGGUGCUCCGGUUAUCACAUUACAUCAGCUAGUGUAUGUAUGUUUGACGAUGUAUGACUUCCUCAGCUAUUACCAACUCUCUGAAAGGCAACAGAUCUUAAACAUUUGCACCAAGAUAUAUUGGCAUCUAAAUACAAUCGGUGAAAAGACAAACGAAGCUACCGAGCAUGUAGGGAAAAUAAUAAAGUCCUUAAUUGACACUAGCAGGAACAACCGCAAAGCCACUUUUCAACUCCCAACUCCGGUUAUACAAAACGGUGAUCAAGCAACGCAACCGAAGCUCCAACCUCCGUCUAAUAACGGUAAAUCGAGUGAAGGCUGUGUAACACACCACACUACGCCCAAUAGUUCAAUUAAUAAUGACAUGGAAUCAAAUUCAAAUUUCAUAAUGCCAGAUGUCGAUAAAUUUAAUACUUUUGAGGAUUUUUUUCAGGACUUCUUUGAACAUCUAAAACCAACAACCAAAAAUAUGUUCCCUACAGUGAAAAAGAUAUAA